AUGGAUAACGUUCAAACAAAGUUCAAAUACUACAAUGCCCAAUUUGACAAAGAACUUUCAAAGUACCCGCAGGUCAUCAAAUUGGAACAACAUACCAGCAUUCCAAAGACGUAUAUCGCUGCUGGAACUGCCUCAAUUAUCUUUUUAUUGAUUUUCUUUAAUUUCUGGGGACAAUUGUUGUCGAAUAUUUUGGCUUGGGGAUAUCCAGCGUACGCUUCCUUCAAAGCUAUCGAAAGUGUCGAUAAAGCAGAUGAUACGCAAUGGUUAACAUAUUGGCUCGCACUUCCUCAAUUCAAAGGCGCUCAAAUCGUCUACGGAAGAUUCUUGCGUCCCUUCUUGUUGAAUUACCAAGCUGACGUCGACAAAAUCGCCAGCAAACUCAGGGCAAAAGCUGAUCAUGUUGCAAACACCGCUAUGCAUGCUACGACACCUUACUCUCCAAAGUUGAAAAAUUUGUUGGAUUUAGUUAGCUCUAUUGCUUUGAACAAAAAUCUACGGGUCCAGGUGCUGUUAAGAGCAAGUCAGUCGUCUGAAGAACGUACUGAUGUGAGGAUUGUAUCACGAUGA